AUGAUCAUCUCUAUUUCAGGUAUUCGGGGAAUCCUCCUUAAUAGACGAAAUAUUCCUAUUAUGUCAAUGCCAAUAGAAUCAAUGUUAUUAGCUGUGAAUUCGAACUUUUUGGUAUUUUCCGUUUCUUCGGAUGAUAUGAUGGGCCAAUCAUUUGCUUCAUUGGUUCCAACGGUGGCAGCCGCGGAAUCUGCUAUUGGGUUAGCCAUUUUCGUUAUUACUUUCCGAGUCCGAGGGACUAUUGCUGUAGAAUCUAUUAAUAGCAUUCAAGGUUAA